AACAUUUAUAUCUCAUUGCCUUUUUAAGUCAUUAUUAUUACUUCAUUUCUAUUUCAUCAAUAUAUAUAUAUGUAUAUCCCAUACUUUUUAUAUAUGUUAUUACUUCAUAUAGUAGUAGUUCAUACUUCAUACUGUCCACAUUCAUCCCACUUCUUAUAAUAUAACAAUGAAGAAAUUUUCAGCACAAAUUGGUAGUGGAAGAGAUGGACAUGACGGCAAUCCGGCCGUGGGCCCCAUCUAUCGGAAUCUUCUCUCCAAGAAUGAAUUUCCACCUCCUCACCCUGAUUUGUCUACUGCUUGGGAUUCCUUCAGGCUCUCGGCUGAGAAGCAUAAAGGAAAUAAGAUGUUGGGUUGGCGUGAAAUGGUUGAUGGCAAGUGGGGGCCUUAUAUCUGGAAAACAUACAAGGAUGUCCAUGAUGAAGUUCUUCACAUUGGUUCUGCUUUAAGAGCAUGUGGAGCUCAUCCUGGUGCAAAGAUAGGAAUAUAUGGUGCUAAUUGUCCUCAAUGGAUUAUGGCUAUGGAGGCUUGUAAUGCUCACAGUUUGAUAUGUGUUCCUCUCUAUGAUACCUUAGGUGCUGGUGCUAUUGAUUACAUAAUUGAUCAUGCUGAAAUUGAUUAUGUUUUUGUCCAUCCCCUUAAAGUUAAAGAAUUACUCAACCCUGAUUGUUCCUCCACUAAACGGCUAAAAUCGAUUAUUUGUUUUACAUCAUUCACUGAGGAAGCAAUUCAGGAGGCUGGUAAUGCAGGGAUAGAGGCGUACUCAUGGAAUCAGUUCCUUCAUAUGGGCAAGGAAAAUCCAUCAGAAACAGCUCCUCCACAACCAAUCAAUAUUUGUACAAUAAUGUACACAAGUGGCACGUGUGGAGAUCCGAAAGGUGUUGUUCUAACACAUGAAAACAUGGCAAUGUUUAUAAGUGGAAUGAACGUUUUCAUGGACCAAUUUGAAGACAAGAUGACGGUUGAUGAUGUGUAUCUAUCAUUCCUUCCUUUGGCUCAUAUAUUAGAUCGCGUAAUAGAAGAGUAUUUUUUCCAUAAGGGUGCUUCUGUUGGCUUCUUUCAUGGGAAUGUAAAAGAAAUCAGUGAAGAUCUAAUGGAGUUAAAGCCAACUUUUUUCGCUGGUGUACCUAAAGUUUUUGACCGUGUAUAUGAAGGCAUGUCCUUAAUUAUACUUUGUCUUCUCUGUAAAGUUACCAAUGUAUUUCUGCUAAUAGUGUGUUUAUCAGGCAUACAGAAGGCUAUUGAAGAUCUUAUUCCUCGAAGGAGGAAGAUUUUUCACCUUCUUUACAAAUACAAAUUAUUCUGGAUGAAUCGAGGGUACGUCAACAAGCAUGCAUCCCCUUUAGCCGAUUUCCUAGCUUUCAGGAAGGUAAAGAAUAAGUUAGGUGGUAGAGUUCGGCUAAUGGUAUCAGGAGCUGCACCUUGGAGCGAAGAAGUGGAGGAGUUUUUGCGCGUUACUUGCUGUUGCUAUGUACUUCAAGGCUAUGGAUUGACAGAAACCUGUGGAUUGUCCACAAUUUGCUUCCCUGAUGAAAUGUCGAUGGUAGGAGCUGUCGGUGUUCCAUCUUUAUACACAGAAUUGCGCCUUGAAGAGGUUCCAGAGAUGGGUUACCACCCAUUUUCUGACCCGCCACGCGGGGAGAUAUGCUUGAGGGGCAAAACACUGUUUUCAGGAUACUACAAAAACCCCGAGUUAACAACCGAAUCUAUCAGAGAUGGAUGGUUUCAUUCAGGUGAUAUUGGAGAGAUGCUUCCUAAUGGAGCAAUAAAGAUCAUUGAUAGAAAAAAGAAUCUGAUAAAACUCUCACAAGGAGAGUAUGUCGCGCUUGAGUAUUUAGAGAAAGUAUACAUUAUUACUCCCAUUAUCGAAGAUAUUUGGGUGUAUGGAGACAGUUUCAAAUCGAUGUUGGUUGCUGUUGUGGUGCCAAAUGAAGAAAACACCAAGAAAUGGGCUGAUCAAAAUGGAUAUAAAGGCACAUUCACUGACUUAUGCUCCCUUAAAGAACUCAGAACUCAUAUCUUCUCUGAACUUACAAUUGCUGGAGAAAGAAACAAGUUGAGAGGUUUCGAACAAGUAAAGGGAAUCGUUUUAGAACCUCAAACCUUUGAAUUAAUACCAGGUUUGCUAACACCAACCAUGAAGAAGAGGAGGGAUAAAAUGCUAAAACAUUAUCAGGAAGAAAUAGAUGAUUUGUACUGCAACUUGGCUAAAUGGAAGUGAUGAACAACAAUUGUUACUUGUUGAUAAACUUUAAUGAUUCUGCAGAUUGUUACUGUUUGUGUUCCUGUUUGCUGCAAUUGAUUUAUCAUGUGUAUUUUUACUAAAAAUGCAGUGUUUUAUUUAUUAAUUUUUUUUUUAUAA